AAUCAUCUUUGUGGCUACCUAACACACCCUCCAAUCAUUGUCAUCGUUGUUCUCGCUCGAAGUUUCUUCAUCCUCAGCUCCACCUUCUCUCACCUUCACCGAAGCAAUUCCAGUUAUCAUCGCCGCAUCUAGGUCUCCGAGCAAGCUCCACUCGUCCAACCUCCCCGCCAGAUGAUCGCCUCCAGCGCUACCCCGAUGGGCCGCGCCACCACUCCAACCCCCGGUGCCCAGUCCCGGUGGCCGCGUGCCGUUGCGCAGCUCCACCUGGCUCUCCGCUCGCCAGCCGCGCGGAGUGGUAGCAGCGGGCGCUGGAUGGGAUGCUUCAGGCCGGCGCCGGUGCCCGCGCCGUCGUCACCGGCGGUUACGGUGGGGGUGAACGAGGGGAGGGGGAAGCGGCCGGAGGCAACGGAGGUGGAUAUGGAGCCGGCACGCGGCGGAGGGGACGACUUAUGGAGCGUUCAGGCCGAGGAGGAGGUAGCGCAGGGCGGGGAGUACCCGGAGCACCUUGUCGUCAUGGUCAAUGGCCUCGUGGGGAGUGCGGAUGACUGGAAGUUUGCAGCUGAGCAGUUCGUGAGGCGGAUGCCAGACAAAGUGAUCAUCCACCGGAGUCAAUGCAACUCUGCUACACAGACAUUUGACGGAGUUGACUUGAUGGGAGAAAGGUUAGCAAACGAGGUUCUAUCAGUUGUCGAGCAAAGAAGAGGUGUGAAGAUGAUCUCAAUUGUGGCGCACUCUCUGGGUGGUCUUGUUGCCAGAUAUGCUAUAGGAAGGCUUUACGAAUGUGGUAACAGAACUAAAUGUUCCGUUGGGAACAACAGAGAGCAAGUUGAAUGCUUGGAGGGUCUCAUCGCCGGCUUAAAACCUAUGAACUUUAUAACCUUUGCAUCACCACAUCUGGGUUCAAGUGGAAACAAACAGCUCCCCUUUCUAUGUGGCUUGCCUUUCCUGGAGCGAAGAGCAUCAGAAACUGCACAUUUGAUUGUUGGAAGAACUGGAAAGCAUUUAUUCCUUACAGACAGUGAUGAUGGUAGGCGUCCACUCCUUCUUCAAAUGGUUCAGGAUCAUGAUGAUAUAAAAUUCAGAUCCGGAUUGCGCUCUUUCAAACGACGUGUGGCAUAUGCGAAUGCCAAUUUUGACCAUAUGGUGGGUUGGAGAACAUCGUCAAUCCGGCGUCAACACGAGUUGCCAAAACAUCGCCUUCUUGUUCGUGAUGAGAAGUAUCCACAUAUAGUCCAUGUUGAUAGAGGAAUUAUGGACAGAAAUGAAACCGAAGUGAGUGCUAAUCUCUGUGGCCCAGAAGAGGAGAUGAUAAGAGGCCUAACACAACUGCAGUGGGAACGUGUUGAUGUGAGCUUCCAGAAAAGUAGUCAAAGAUUGGUUGCGCAUAACACCAUCCAGCGGUAUUUGGUCCAGGAAACAACAAAAGGCUUCAGUCCAGAUGACCAUAUAGCACGGAUGACCAGAACUGCUCAGCUUUGAGUUAUCUUUGGCAUUUCUUGAGCUCCACCGAGUUGGCAUCAUCUAUUGUAAUUAUGUCCGUGGUCAGUAGAUAGGCUAAAGCAUGCGGAUUCAAUAGCAUCACUGGCAAGCUGAAUUGGUUCUCCAUAAAAUUCCUGUUGAGUUGGCAAUAUGCUUUUGCUGUGGGGUCGGAUAUCGAUUUUCACCUAUGCCAUUACUGUGCAAUCAUCAUCAUCAACAAGUUUGAAUGCAUGGAUUGUACUGCCAAUCCGUUUGAUA